AUGCAGCAUGUCAUCGAAGAGACCCUCGAUAACAUCGAUAUUGACUCGGCCUUUGUCUCGCCCGUUGUUCUCUCAGACAUAGCCAAGACACCUCGCGUGCUGGACAAGCUCAAAAAGCUGAAGUUUGUCACUUCCGCGGGCGGCCCGACUCCACCGUCUGUGGGCAACAUCAUCCACUCCCGUGUCCGUUUUUGGCAGACGAUGGGUAUGACUGAAGGGCUGGUUGUGCCAUCUGUGAUCACGCAUCCAGAUGAGUGGGCGUAUUUUCAUUUCCAUCCGUGCUGCGGAUUCGAGAUGCGGCGUUAUUCGGAUACUCUGUUCGAGCUGGUGUUUGUCAAGAAGAAGGAGUUGGCGGCAACCCAGGCCAUCUUCCUGACGUUCCCAGACUUGGACAUAUACGAAACAAGAGACCUUUACUCGUGUCAUCCUACAGUCCCGGAACUGUACAAGUAUGAGACGCGUAAAGAUGAUCUCGUCAUCCUCUCGAAUGGGGAAAAGUUUAACCCUUUAGCUGCCGAAAUGAAGUUGGCUGGCCACCCUUGGAUCUCUGCCGUCUAUAUUGCUGGACGGGGUCGUUUCCAAGUGGGGGCAUUGCUCAGUCCAGAGGAGAAUCGGCGGGACGCAUCUGACCUUGCCAUAAUCGAGGCUGUGUGGCCGGCCAUUGAAUCUGUGAACCAGCAUUUGCCCGCGUUUGCCCAAAUUCACCGCAAUCUUGUCCAAAUUGUGCGCACGCCCUUUCCUCGCACACCCAAGGGGACAUUGGCACGCUAUGAGAUGGAGAAAGCCUUUUCAAAGGAGAUUGCGGCUCUCUACCAGAACUCGGCCGUUCCAGAGUCGCAAUCCUCGUUGCCUACCGACUCCCUAGACAUUGACGGAAGUAGCAUCGAAAGUAUUAGUGCUGGGCUGCGGAAAGCCAUUCAGGUCGUGUCUCCGGGUUUGGAACUCGAGCAGAUCAGAGACGAAGAUAACCUUCUGGAAAACGGGCUCGAUUCACUCCAUAUAAUCCGACUUUCGAGACUUCUCAACUCUGUUUUCCUCUCGUCUUCUCUUCAAACAAACCCCGGCACGAUAUAUUCACAUCCCUCUGUGGCCCAGCUGGGGCAAGUGCUGUGGACGCAAUUGCACGAUGUACACCAAGCAAACCAGGAAACACAGACAGCACAGCUCCUCCGUACCAGGGCCGUAUCCCAAACCCUCGCCAAAUAUCUGUCAUCUUUUGCGGUGUCCCGGGAGGAGCCUAAGGAAUACGUCGUUCUCACAGGCACGACGGGAGCUGUCGGCUCGUAUCUUCUGGAUGCCAUAUGCAAAAACGAUAAGGUCGCCAAAGUCUGGUGCUUAAACCGUAGCAGCACGGCGGAUGCGGCCUGCAGGCAAGCAGAGCUGGCCCAUUCGAGGGGUCUAUCCUCGGACUGGAAGGGCAAAGUCCGAUUUGUCCAGAUGGACCUGACAUGUGAGGCUCUAGGCCUGAACCAGCCCGAUCUCGUGGAAAUUCGGAACCAGGCAACGAUCAUGAUCCACAAUGCAUGGGAAGUCAACUUCAAUUUGCCCCUGUCCUCCUUCGAGACGCAACUCAUUGGGCUGCAGAGCCUGGUCCGCAUCUGCACAAAGACUAGGCACAUGAUCCGCUUCUUCUUUGUCUCCUCGAUUAGUGGCGCCAUGAAUUGGCCGUCGCAUGUCCUGGGUCCCGUGCCCGAAGCCAAACUGACCAACUUAGACGCCUCGAUUAAUGGAUAUAGCGCCUCCAAGCUCGUAGCCGAGCACCUGCUCAGCAAGGCCGCCAAAUCUGGCGUGCUCCAUCUUUCGGUCCUGCGCGUGGGCCAAGUCGCCGGACCCAUCACGACCCACGGAGAAGGCAGCAUAUGGUCGCGGCGAGAUUGGGUGCCAGCAAUCAUAGACGCAUCAGCAUACCUCCGCAAGCUGCCUGCGGACCUGGGCUCGGCCACUGCUCUCGAUUGGAUUCCCAUCGAUCUGCUGGCCGAGAUUAUGGGGCAGCUGAUUCACUCGCAUACGAAAAAAACGGGCGACAGCGAUGAAGACGAACUGUAUUACAACCUUGUCAAUCCCCAAACGAGCAGUUGGGACUCAUUGCUGCCGACCAUAAAGGCUCGUCUGGAGGCUGCCAUGGCACCGGAGAAGAUUCAGGUUGUGCCCUUUUCUCAGUGGCUCGACGACCUACAGGCGGCCGAGGAGGUGAUUGUCCAGGGGGCGCAUAAACAUGAUAAGGCUUCGUUGCAGACUACGACGAGUCGAGCGCAAACAGGAUUCAAGUUGUUGUCCUUUUUCCGGAUGCUAAAGGAAUCAUCUGCGUCGGAUGAUGUAACUGCGAGCGCAGCUUCAUCUGCCCCGAACUGCGUUGUGAAGAAUGCCUUAAGACGAAGCUCCAUUUUCGCCCACUUGGCACCUGUAUCUUCUGCCUGGUUCGAGACUUGGUUGAGUCAGUGGGGCUAUUGA